UCUGGUCACGUGGUCGGGGUCACAGUCGGCUUUUUUCGCAAGGACGAAACAUGGCAGCGACAGCAGCAAGCAAGAAGGUGUUUGAAGUAUUUGUGUCAAAAGUACCAUGGACCGUAGCAACGAGGGAAAUGAAAGAAUAUUUUGGGCAGUUUGGCCAGGUGAAGAAGUGUCUACUGCCAUUUGAUAAAGAGACAGGUUUUCAUAAGGGGUUUUGCUGGGUAGGGUUCACUACAGAGGAAGGACUGCACAAUGCAUUACAAAAGGAUCCUCACAUCAUUGAAGGAGCAAAGCUCCAGGUGCAAAAAAACAGAAAGCAGUUUUCUGGAAGAAAAUCAAACAAAGAAGCAGACGACAUCUGAAGAAGACAUCAGAAAUGAUCUGAUUUCAAGCAUCAAAUGUAUUCAGUAACACAGAAUUGUAUUUAUUGUGGAUGUCUCUUCACUGGGCAUACUUGUUUUUCAGAAGCUAAACUUGUUUUAUUGUCUAGUGUUUGGUUUUUCUUAUAAAAAGUGUAAUGAAAUGUGAGUCAAAUAAAAUUAAAAUUUGCAAAGUCA